AGUAGUUUGAUUCCUAUAUUGGGUAAUCCUAAUUCCAAAAAACGUUUUCAAUUAUAUAUUGAAUAUGUACAAGGUAAAGAAAAAUUUCUUAUUGAAAAGUCUAACAGGAAUAAAAAAACUCUUGAAGAAUUACUUGAAAAACAUAAAUCAGAAUUUGAAGAAUAUAAUAAACGUAUAGAUGAUUGCAAGAAGAAAAAAAAAGAGAUUGAAAAUUUAUUGUUGAUACAACAUAAUAGUUUUAUUCUUGAAUACAAAUUUUUACAAAGAUUAAAAGAUAAGAACGAGAUAGAAAAACAAAUAAGUUAUAUGUAUGAUGAAUACAAUACUUUUUUACGAGGAAAUAAUUUGAUUAAUUUUAAUAAUAUUAAAGCAGAGACGA